GUGCUCGAUACCACCUAUACAGGUUGAUGGACUGGUAGGUAGGAUUGUUGGGUUGAAUCUGGAAGUGGGAUGAUGGUUUAGGUGCCCAGGCAUCCAACACGGGAUCGCCAGCUGUUGAUUCCGGGCCCUGCUAGCGUCGCGCCUCCAAUCGAGGCUCACCAAGCCUUCUACCCUCGCAUCAACUCUGGCCAUGAAACGUUGAUCCAGCCAUGUCGACAAGCAACUGGAUCUGGAGUGAUCCCUAUCAGGAUUAUUAUUAUGUUACUUACGAUGAAUAUAAUCAACCGGUAUACCACUGGUUAAAACAUACGGAAGUACGACCUCGACAAGACUCUGGCAGUCAGCAGAAUCAUGCAUCCAAUGUGGCUCAGAUGCCAGAUCCUGCUCCUGCACAAUUCAGGAGUCUGCACGGCGCCAUCCAGGGCACACCUCAAACAGGAUGGUAUGACUUAUUAGAUUCAAGUUAUCGUAUGCGAACCGGGUCGGAAGCGGUCACAUUCUUCGUCUCCGGAAGAGUAUUUGAAAUGCUGUAUCGCGAGACUGCUGGCGAAACCAUUUCAGCUGGACCUAACGAUGAUGCUUACACUGUUGUACGGUUCAAUGAACGUGUGCAUACGAACAUCAGACGCUUCGUUGUGGUAGAAGACAUGCAUGGGUUUGUUUAUGCAUGCGGUAUUGGAACCUAUUCUGGUCGGGGAACGUUAAAGAGUGGCAUCAAUCCAGCAGUGCAUGCUAUAGUAUAUCUUUCAGGUACUGACCCAGAAUCGUGCUACCUGCCUGGUGAACGGGAAGCCGGGAUGACUACAGAACCUAUCGAAGUUAUACCUGUGGAUAGCAGUGUCCGUAUAAGGCCGGAAUCGCGUAUUCGACUUCGCAAGACCUAUCCUAUCGAGAAAAAUGUCAAAGUCAAGGAUAUCGGCCGAGUACAUCCGAACCAUUUGGGCAUGCUCUUGGAAUAUUGGUCCAAUCAGAGCUAUGAAUCAGAUGUAUCGAGAGUAAGGGCAAAAGAGUGGCAACAAGAAACAGGGGAAGCGCGAGAUAUCAAGAGAGUUCAGGCUGGGUGGAGCGUUUCAGAUGACGACAGCAAUCAGGACGAGUUGAACGCGCAAGAGAUGAGUACACAGAAGGGGACAGCAAUCCAAACAGGUCAAGAAUCGGGAGACAAGAGUCACUUUUUGGAUGCAAAAGACUUUCUCGAUGAGGAAGAUUUGCUAGACGAAGGAGACGUGCAGGAUCAGGACAUCGACGAAAGGCCACAAUCGUCAGCUUCCCAGUCAUACACCAAUGAGGAUAACGAACCAACAAAAUCCGAAAAUGCCGAAACAAAUAUCCCGAACAUCUUGACCGACUUUGCUCCAAAUAAAACACAAGAAGAAUUACCAAAUAUAAUGACACGCUCCAAUGACACCCAGGGGAAGGUCGAUGCUACGGAAGUAGACAACGCUGUUCCUCGCUGGCUACAAGACAUCAACUACCAAUUUACCGGUGACCUCCAUUCAGACUAUACGGUGAUAAACAACCCGCGAGCAUUCUUCAAAAAAGGGAAAGUCUUCAUGGUACCCUGGCCUGAGCUGAGCGGUAAUCUCGUCAAGGGCCAAGCAGGACCACCGGUGAUGGUAAAAAUCCGAAGGUUGGUUGUCAUCAGGCCCAAAGCGACGUUCUGUCUUUGCCUUCCCAUACACACCUACUCGGGACAGGCGACCAGCAAGCCUGGUGUUGCCGCACAAGAUCAUGCGCCAGUGGUGUCUGAAGGCGGCGAAGUCAUUUACCACGAAAACGAAGCAAAGCUCACAAAGUCACCUAUGUACAUCAAGGUCGAAAAGUCGUCAACAGGGCCAGUUUCUCCGAUGUCGAGGCUGAACUUUGCGAAAGUCUACACGGUGGAGUAUAACGUCAAAGUUAGACCGAUUGGCAGGCUCAUACCAGACUCUGUUUGGCGUAUGGAAGAGUACUUCAUGGAAUGUCUAACACCCAACACGACCUGAGAUUUCUCAAGAAUGGUCUGCUUCACCCCUGCUUCUUGGAGCCCGGGUUGGAGGAAAACGGUAGUGACAGAUGCAUUCAGGUUAUUAUAGUACUGAGUGACUGGUGGCGAUAUGCAGCCAAGCACUGGAUGAUAAGCGAAUCAGCAGUCUGAAGGACGCAUGAUGCAUGCA